GGCAAAGGUUUCACAUCCUCUUAUGGUGGUAACGUUAGCUAGCUAGAUUUACUUUCUACUGUCUCAUGCGGCGCUCACUAGCCAAGGUAGCUAAGAUAUUGAUUGGCACAUGGGCCAUAAUGGAUUCCCCCAUCCCUCUCUCCUCCCUGCGCCUUUUGGUCCCACCUCUACGACUGAUGUCUGCAUUUAUGUGGCAGGUAUCACAACAGAGGGCCAUUAAGCACUAUGGAAAAUUAGAGGAGUUUGUGACCGUGGUAACACAAACUGUCCCAGAACUUAUGACUGACAGACAGAGGACCCUCCUUAUUUUGGGGCUGAGAGCAAGGGUAACUUUGGGGCGAUUUUCUGCUGAACACCCUGUCAGCCUCCAAACCCUCCUUUAUUCUAUAAAGUCUUCUCAACUUGCACAGGUUCAGUCCUAUGAUGCAGGCAUGGAAUCACCUGAAGCUAACUUCGCCAAGCUCACCCAAAGCUUGAUUACAGACCCAGUUGAGCGUGAACACUUCGUUCAAGUGGUGUUCCUUGAGGAAUUCAGACCUGAUUUUGACAAAGCCCUUCAGGAACUGGUCUGUGACUUCCUCACUAGAUUGGAAGAGCUGCUUACACUACCAGACUUUAAGCAGACUGCAUUGUUGCUGAGUGCUGGCUCCUCUGGCCUAGAUGAAUGCUUGCAGUCUUUCUCUCACUCAGAAGAUCUCCAGUUUCUGCUCCAGAAUUACAAACAAUGCAGAACAUUGUACACAAACAUUUCCUCCUCUGACAUUCCUCAGGAAUCAGAUAUUGAAUCUGAUGCCUUCCCUGACCAGUUAAACCGUACCAAUCUGGACACUGGUGUGGCUAUGAGGACAGCACAUUUAGUGGCAAUGGGGAGCACAAGAGAUAUUAUAGGCUGCGAUGAAACCUGUGAUGAAGCGAAUGAAGAUGACAUAGAUGUAGAGGACGAGUCAGCACAGAAAAGGGCUGGUUCUGGUCUUUCUCCUACCAGUGUCAUGCAAGGUGGUGAUACAGACCCAGUUGCAGGGGUGUCGUUUCAGGUGUUGACUCCUCUUUCUUCAGCUUCAAAUGAGUGUCCCCCAUCUACUUCCAGUUCAUCACACAUGAACAUUUUCCACCAGUGUCCUCAGUGUGGGAAGUGCUUUAAUUAUCAGUCUCAACUUGUCCAACACCAGCAAAUUCACUGUGGGGAUAAUCCAUACAAGUGCUCCAACUGCGGGAAUAGAUUCAAAUUCUUUACAAGUCUGUCAAACCAUAAGAGGAUUCAAUGUGUGGGCACUGCCUUUAGCUGCCCCAAAUGCUGGAGAGAGUUUGGUUCUCUGCGUGAGAAAUUGAGACACCAGUGUCCACACAACGAAUCCAUGUCCAUCUGUCCACAGAGCGGGAAGAGUUUUAAGACAUCACCACAAUAUCCAUUCCAGUGUCGUCAUUGUGCAAGGAGCUUUCCCGAAUCGAAUCAACUGGACGCCCACGAAAAAGUCACAGUGUCGUCCAAACGCUCGACUGUCACAAAUGUGGAAUGACCUUCAGCAACUUGCCCAGCCUCGUGCACCACGUGGAAGCCCACAAGAGGUCGGAUCUGAGGCCAUCGUCGCACCUUCCAAAGAAGAAAGGAUUGCAACUUCCGAGAACACACCA